UUCAAGUUUAUUAAACUGUUUACCUCAGCAUGACGACCAGCAGGAUUAUCCCCGCUCAACAAAGAGAUUAUCCUGAUAACCUUUUUCAAACGAUAAUAUACCAAGAACCCGAACCUAUCUAGACCUCUGUCAUUCCAACUCGUGUAAAGUAUUUGCUACACACCUUUUUUAAAUUGUACAAAAAAAAUUCAAAACUUCAAUCUCACCAUGAUGAAUAAGUCACUGCUCAUCUUUGUGCUAGCAUUCUGCAUAGCGCCCACCUUCGCCGGGAUCGUAGUUCAUACCAGAUGUGGUGGCGUUGGUUCAUGUCGAACCGUGCGAUGUGACAAUUGCGAAGGUCCCUUGUGCUACGUGACGCCAGGAAUGCCUAAAUCCUGCUCCGUCGACAUGAUUCCCAGCUCGGCGGCGUCCUAUCUGCGUCUCCGCUUGACCGCGGUGUAUCUCGGGUAUGCGAUCGACAUUAUCAACACCAUUCUCGAGGGGUCAUCCGUCCAGCCGGGAUUUUUGUACACUAUUGCGUACGCCAUCACCCCGAAUGACCUCAUGUCCGGAAAUACGAUUCGUCUCGAAGCAGAACUUUCGAACUAUGAAAACGACCUUGUGGAAUGUUGCGUUGCGAUUCAGGUCCACAUAUACUGACGACGUCGAUAAGGAUUUAAAUCAUGGUUUUGGAUACGGAAUCAUAGUUUAGAAUAUUUGGUAGAUAUUUGUUAGAUAAGGUAUACUUAUGAAAAAUAAAGUCAGUAUUUUUUGCAUCAGAUUUUAAGGAAUGUACGCAAUACGUACGAGAUUACAGGUGUGGAAGUGAUUGUUUUGCUUUAUCUCGGGAGUUUCCCAACAAACACUACAUACAUACGUCAGUACUUAUCAUAAUUAAGUGAUCCCAAUAAAGAUUUAUUACACAA